AUGUUGCCCGUGGCUCUGUGCAGCUUCUCGCUGCUGCUACCCCUGACACCGCCACCGCAACGCGGCGUGCGGAGCGCGGCGCCUCGUCUGCUGGCCGGCGGCAGCGGCGAAAAUAGCGACGACGGCAGUGGCGGCGGCAGCGGCGGCGAGGGUGGCGAGAGCGGCGGAGACGGUUGGGACAUGUCGCUGCUGCAGCAGAGGAUGCAGCAGCAGCAGAUGGAGGAGAUGAUGACCGCCGCCUCCAACUGGCGCACCGGCACGUGCGAGCAGAAGACGCUGCUGGUGCUCGACGACUGGGUGCGCCGGCUGCAGUGCGAGAAUGGGCUGGUCGCUUGCGGUACCCACAGCGGCACGGUGAUCCUCGCGGACGUCGCCUCUGGCGAGGUGCUCCGGCAGUGGGACCCGCUCCUAAACGAGGAGGAGGAGGAGGAGGAGGAGGAGGAGGCGGCGGCGGCGGCGGCAGAGGCGGCGGCAGACGUGGAGGAGGAGGAGGAGGAGGAGGAGGAGGAGGAGGAGGAGGAGGAGGAGCUGGGGGUGGUGUACGAGGAGGAGGCGGAGGCGGACGACGGCGACGGCACCAGCGAGGUGACCGCGCUCGCAUUCGACGGCGACCACGUGGCGUCUGGACACGCGCUCGUCACCUCGUGCGCCGGUGGCGGCGUCGCGCUCUGGCGCCUCGACGAGGAGGAGGUGGUGGGCUCCGAGCGGCGGCUGACCCGCUUCGACGGCCACACGGCGCCCGUGGUCUGCGUCGACGGCGGCUUGCAGAGGGGCGACGCGGAGAAGGUCGUCUCGGGAGCUCGAGACGGGACCGUGCGCGUGUGGGACAUCUCCCUCGGCCGGCUGCGCUUCAUGCUGCAGGGCUUCACGCCGUACAUCGGGUCCGUCCAGCUGUCGUCCUCGUGGCUGAUGGCGGACGGCACCAACAACGCGGUCGUCAUGAUGGACUUUAGCAACGGCGAGCCGGCGGAGGAGGAGGACGACGACGACGAGGACGGCGACGAGGAGGAGGAGGAGGAGUGA